CAUGACAAACAAUAAUCUUGGUAAUCUCAAUAAUCCACCAAAUGUUAACAUAUUACUGCAGACUCACAGCGACAUGAUUGAUCAACUCAGAAAAGAUGUAAAUGAUCUUAACAAAAAGUUCACAACACUAGAAAACAA